AUGUUUAUAAAAGGCAUGUGUGCGAGGACGUCAUUUGAUUCUGCAUUGAUGCAUCAUGAUGAAAUUAGAACCAAUUUAUCAACAUGGCCGUCUAGUUUUAAUUGGGUUUCAUCAAAGCACAUUUCAAGAUUGCACUCUCUCAUACUACAUUUAUUUCCGACGCUUGAUUCUUCAAUACUUCGGCCUUCCACAAAAUUUUCAAUUAAGAAACGUCACUCGACACGAAAGGAAACAUUUCGAGAAAUUAAAACAAUGGAUCAAUUGGAACAAUUAUUACAAAAGUAUCACAAUACUUCACUCACUUGGCAGGAGAUGAAAGAAUACAGAAUUGGCAAGCAUCCUUAUUAUAUGGAUCAAGAUGGGGAUAUUGCAAACGAGUUUUAUGAGAUGGUCAUUGACAGCAAAACUGGAAAUGAAACACUUGUGCAGAUUUUUCCAUAA